AUGGCGCCCACCACGCUCGCGCGCCUCUGCGCCGUCGUCUUGGCGCUUCUCAGCGUGCUGAUGACGGCGCGCGCGCAACCCCUGGCGGGGCCGCGGUGCGUGAACCGGUUUCCGCAGAAGCCGCUGUGCAAGUUCGUCGACGACCUCGCCGCGUCGCCGCUCACCUUCCUCGACGCGUCGGCCGGCGAGACGAUCAAACUCGGCGCGUACGACGUCUACCAGAAAUUCCAUCGUGACCUGCCCGACACCAAGGUGUAUGCAUAUGGUGUCUCCCGCGACUCGGCGCGCUACCCGGGCCCCGUGCUCGUCGCGAAGCGCGGCAGCACCACCAAGGUUAAGUUCGCGAAUCACAUCAAGGACAAGACGCACAUGUUCACGAUUGACCCGACGCUUAUGACGCCUAAGCUCAAGAACGGCGGUGUGCCAAUCACCGUCCAUUUGCAUGGCGGGGAGAAUCCAAGCAAAUCCGACGGCCACCCCAUGGCGUAA